AUGCGUCAUGCUUCAUCAUUACGGGGACCAGGAGUUGAUAUGCUGAUUGGAAUUCUGAACAGAAUUGCACAAAUUGGAUCUGGACUUGCAUCUACCUCUCUGUCCACAGAUCAUCCAAGCUGCUCUCCACCUGUUCCCUUGGAAACUGAAGCUGAAAAUAGAGAUAUUGUUUCUUCAGAUGACAGAGAUUCAUCAGUUGGCGUCUUAUUCAGUUUGGGCUUCCACCGUCAACAUUCUUUUGGGCUUGCAGCUACAGUUUCCUUUCCCUUGCUUUUCCUUGUUUUGGGUAAUGAAUGGGUCUCUUCCAUUGAUGAAGGUGUGUGGGCUGUCGAAAUUUAUGGGUUGUUGUGGCGAGUGCGGGGAUGCUGCCGUAGUGAAGAGAGAUGUAGGCGACAAGAGGAGUUGCUGAGGUUUCUGGGAAUUUAG